AUGAAAAUUCAUAUUAAAUUAUUUGAUUUGAUCCCAGCGCGGUUCAACGUAGGCAUAAUGCUGUUUUUCGCGUGCUGGGUGAACUAUAUGCUGCGGGUGAACAUGAGCGUCAACAUUAUUGCCAUGGUUCCUGAUGAUACCAAGACUACAUCGGUGAAAAGCGAAUGCGAGGCCAUUGUGAAUGACGACAGUUCGUUAUAUAAUGACACCACAACUGUGGUUAUGAAGCGGGAGCUGCGUCAGCCUGAAGGAGUGGUAACGUUUAAUUGGACGGCUCAACAGCAGGCCUACGUACUAUCCAGCUACUUCUGGGGUUACACGAUCACUUCACUCCUCAGUGGGACCGCUGCCGAGCUAUGGGGUCCAAGAAAAGUGGUCUUCUUGACUAUGCUGUUCACCGCAAUACUCACAGUUCUAACUCCACAGGCAGCAAGAUGGAAUUACUAUCUUCUCGUCGGCAUCAGAUUUGUUAUUGGUCUUUUGUCUGGUUUUCUGUUCCCCGCACUACACGCUCUGGUGGCUCACUGGGCUCCUCCUGCUGAGAAAGGCAAGUUCGUCAGCUCUUUACUUGGCGGUGCCAUCGGAACCGUAGUGACAUGGUCUUUGUCUGGACCAUUGAUCGAGAACUUUGGAUGGAGCUAUGCGUUUUACGUGCCUGGUAUUAUUGGCAUUGUGUGGUGUGCAGCGUGGUGGAUCUUGGUAUACGACUCACCCGUUCAUCAUCCCCGAAUUUCCCCAGAAGAAAAGGCUUACAUAUUAGAAGCUAUCGGUAAUAAAGUACAAAGUUCAAAGGAUAAGACUGUGCCGCCAUUUAAGAAAAUAUUUACAUCGUUACCGUUUCUUGCAAUGGUAAUCUUGCAUUAUGGGAGCAAUUGGGGUCUUUACUUCGCGAUGACAGCCGCACCAAAGUUCGUAUCGAGCGCGCUCGGCUUCAACCUCACGUCUACUGGAACACUCGCUUCAUUACCUUAUUUAGCCAGAAUGAUAUUCUCACUUAUCUUCGGCGCUAUCGGCGACAGAAUAGUAAGACGAAAUGUGGUAUCGACAUCGUUUAUGAGGAAGUUCUUCUGUCUCUUCUCACAUAUAGUGCCUGGACUACUUCUCAUAGCUCUGGGAUACACCGGGUGUGCCCCCAUACUCUCUGUGGCUCUCAUCACCUUCUCUAUGGGUUCUAAUGGAGCAGCAACCCUCACAAACCUGGUCAACCAUCAGGAUCUUGCUCCGAAUUAUGCUGCCACCUUGUACGGAAUUGCCAAUGGUAUAGGAAACACGGCUGGUUUUGUUACGCCGUUAGUCACUGCUCAUUUUACAAAGAACGGAAAUGGUUUUGCGGAAUGGCGACCGGUAUUCUUUACUGGAGCAUCGCUAUACAUUGCAUCUGCUGUUUACUUUAUAAUUUUCGGCACCGGAGAAACGCAGUCAUGGAACUAUGUGGCGCCUGCUGAGGAAGAUGAAGACAAGAGACCAAGCGCGAGCUCCACAGACACCACAGUUACUAUACCCGUUAAAACA